GCCCCCUCCUCCAGUGCCAGCCCGCCACGCCAUCCUCGGCGGCCACGCGUCCCCUCCCAAUUGACCCGUUCCAAACCACUCCACGACUGUGCCGUGAGUUGCGCACGCCCCAUAGAAAUAUCCCGGCCGACACGUAUCUUAGCGCAGCAUCCGCCUCCCCGCCAACAAACGGCUACUCACCACCGUCCGCCCCGCCGUACGCGGCAUAUUCCGAACCUUCUCGAACCGAUCGUAACGAACUCCUGAUUCCUCUCAUCUCACUGAUUUAUUCACGGUUAUAUAUAUACACACACAGGCACAAAUAUACGGAGCAACCAAUGAUCAUCGUGUUUUGAGUGGCAGAGAAUUUCUAAUUUGGAGUGAGCAGAGUGUGAAAAAAUGGGGGUUGAUUACUACAAGAUACUGAAGGUGAGCCGCGGCGCGAGCAAGGAGGACUUGAAGAAGGCGUAUAAAAAACUGGCGAUGAAGUGGCAUCCAGACAAGAAUUCGUCUUCCGGAGCUGAGGCCAGGUUCAAGCAGAUCUCCGAGGCCUACGAUGUGCUCGGCGAUCCUCGCAAGCGCCAGAUCUACGAUCUCUACGGCGAGGAAGGGCUGGCCUCCAGCCAGGUCGAUCACUCGGAUCCCGGCGUUGUUUUUGAUGAGUUCUUCGGGGGAUCGGACUUCGGCGGCGGGCUCGAGAGGCCUGAGAAUGGGGAUCGCAAGGUCAGGAAGGCUGCUCCCGUGGAGAGCAAGCUGCCUUGUAGUCUGGAGGAGCUUUACAAGGGUUCCAGGAGGAAGAUGCAGAUCUCGCGGAUUGUUCCGGAUGAGUCCGGCAAACCUAGGACUGUUGACGAGAUCCUAAAGAUAGACAUCAAACCUGGUUGGAAGAAAGGCACAAAAAUCACUUUUCCCGGGAAAGGGAACCAGGAGAGUGGGAUGGCGCCUGGAGAUCUGGUUUUUGUGGUAGACGAGAAACCUCAUGCUGUUUACAGGAGGGAGGGAAAUGAUCUGAUCGUCAAUCAGAGAAUAUCGCUGCUGGAGGCUCUUACAGGGAAGACCCUUGACUUGAUUACCCUGGAUGGAAGGAACAUAACCGUGCCACUGAAUGAUAUUAUUCGACCUGGACAUGAGGUGAUGGUCCCAAACGAAGGAAUGCCCAUCUCCAAGGAACCUACAAAGAAGGGAAAUUUGAGGAUCAAAUUUGACGUUAAAUUCCCUCGGAGGCUCACUGAAGACCAGAAAUCUGACCUGAAGAGGGUUCUGGGCUGAGGGAGUGGCUAAACAAUUGAAGGAUUUAACUAGAGAGCUAGAAGAUCAUCAUCAUCAUCAUCAUCAUCAUCAUUAUUAUUAACGCUGACAACUGAGUUUCUUUUUUGUAAAUAUAGAACAUAUUCCUCGUUGUAGACGGAAACAAAAAAAUGUGCAUAGUAGGAAGGAAGGAUAGCUUGAAGGUGGUGUGGUGGGUGCAUUAUUGCAUUAGUGUCGUCCACGCUUCUCUGGAAUCUAUUUUGGUUACUGCCUCAGUUACCAGAGAUUGCAACUUUUUUUUUUACUUUCAUUGUGAUGGUUCUUCAACUUCAACUUCAACGUGUGGUAAUGAAAUUUUACAUCAAUAACAACCCAUAGUUGCUUUCUUCAUCACAUUAAAUUUUUCA